AUGGCGGAUGCCACUCUUCAUGAUGGCCCCGCGCCAAACACUCCUUCGCCCGGGGAUCCAGGAGUGCCACCCCUAAGCGCUGGAUCUGGCGCCCCGUCCGGCCCAGGCUUUGAGAUCCGCGCGGGACCCCCUGUUGUUUCAGAGGAGCUGAAAGCUCGCUUGGACAAGGUGAUAUACUCAGAUAUCGGCGUCACCACUCUCCUGACCAGGUUGAAACAAAGCGUUGCGUCCGCCAGGGACUUCGCCUCUUUUCUAAAGAAGCGAUCGAUAUUGGAAGAGGAGCACGCCCAAGGCCUGAGAAAGGUGUCGCGCACCCUAUACGAUGCUGCUCAUAAAUCCGAGAACCGCCAGGGCACCUAUAGCUAUGGUUGCGUCGAGAUCAAUGGUUUCCAUGACCGCAUGGCGGAUCACGGGCUCCAGUUUGCUGCGUCUCUGCAGCAGAUGGCUGAUAACCUCAAUGAACUUGCGGGCAACAUCGAGCGAGGGCGGAAGCAAUGGAAACACGAAGGGUUGAAUGCGGAAAAGCGCGUGCUUGAUGCGGAGACAUUGGCCGAAAAAGCCAAGUCCAAAUAUGAUACCCUGGCGGAACAGUAUGACCGGGUGAAGACCGGAGAGAAAGCAGGUGGAAAGUUUGGCUUCAAGGGCACCAAAUCUGUGGCUCAACAGGAAGAAGAUCUCUUGCGCAAGGUGCAAAGUGCGGAUUCGGACUAUAAGGCUAAGGUCCAAGCCGCCCAGACGGCUCGACAAGAGCUGAUCGCGACCCAUCGGCCUCAGGCUGUGCACAACAUCCAGCAAUUGAUCUCCGAAUGCGAUGCGGGCCUUAUCCUGCAAAUGCAGAAGUUCGGAACGUUCAACGAAAAGCUACUCUUAGGACAGGGCCUAUCCAUCAGCCCAUUGAAAGAAACUGGGGAUGGUGUUAGUGCUACAAAGAGUCUUCGCGAAGUGAUUCAGCAAAUCGACAACCAGAAAGACUACCAUGAUUACGUCUUGAGUCAUGAGUUUAGCCCUGGUGCUGUGACAUCUGACCAAAUCCAGUACCAUCGCCAUCCAACCCUUGGAGGACCCAUUGCGCCUCCCGCUUCUAGUCCUCAGUCUACGCAAACGAAGCGACAGUCUGUUGUAGUGCCCCAACCUGUGUCCCAGCCACCUACAUCCGCACAGCCGCCCCAGAUUCCAGUCCAUAUCCCAUCAUCUGGCCCGUUAGAGAGCCCUCAGUCGCCGCCGUAUCCUCAAAACCCAGACUCGUUUGCUCCACCGCCCUUCCAGCCUCCAUAUCCGAUCUCAGCAGGACCUCCGCCUGAAUCGCAGGGCAUGAACCCACCUCCUCCGGCGCCGAAAGAACCAUAUCCGGCUUCUGGCACUGGUUACCCCUCAAACCUAAAUCUUCCUCCGCUAAAGCCUGUCUUUGGACUGUCACUGGACGAGCUAUAUGCUCGCGAUGGCACCGCUGUUCCUAUGAUUGUUUACCAGUGCUGCCAGGCGGUGGAGUUAUUUGGACUUGAUCUCGAGGGUAUCUACCGGCUCUCAGGCAGCGCUAACCACAUUACUCAACUGAAGGCCCUCUUCGACAAUGACUCGUCCCAAGUCGACUUUACCAACCCCGAAAGCUUCAAUCAUGAUGUGAACAGUGUUGCGGGUCUCUUGAAACAGUUCUUCAGAGACCUCCCAGAUCCGUUGUUGACUGCACAAGCAUAUUCUAGUUUCGUUGACGCAGCCCGUAUUGACGACGACAUUCAACGGAGGGACUCGCUCCACGCAAUCAUCAAUGGUCUUCCAGACGCCCAUUACGCUACACUAAGGGCUCUGAUAUUGCACCUAAACAAGGUUCAAGAGCAUUACACCCACAACCGCAUGAAUGCAGGCAACAUCGCAAUUUGCUUUGGACCGACUUUGAUGGGCGCCAGCUCAGGCGGCAACAUCGCAGAUGCCGGCUGGCAGGUACGCGUGAUCGAAACCAUACUCGAGAACACGUUCCAGAUCUUCGACGAUGAUUAG